UGCUAUACUCUCAAUGUCACUCGCGUAAACAACAUGCACACGUCAGUUUACUCACGAUUGAGAAUCUGAACAACGAGGAAUACAAGCGAGCAGUAAAAUCUGCAUGGCUUUUAUGUCUAGAGCGACUGCCUACCGUCUCGUCAGCCAAGCCGUGCAGGCUGAUGUGCGCGCAAUAUUGGCAGCUGCUGGCGAACAUAUUAACGCAAGGAAUCUUCCUGGCGUCGCUGCCACCUCCUUUCAGCCAGUGGAAGUUCGCGAACCACCUCCGAACCUUAAUUUCGCUCGGCCAAGUUGCGAGGAGCGGCAUUUGUGGCGAUGCUUUGCACAGGUUUGUAACUACUCACGCUGAAGCUCCAAGGUAUACACAGACUUGCAAACUCAAGGUUCAGCCUACAGGCCAGUAUCCACAUCUCUUGCUGAAGCUACAAGGUCACAAACGAAUACACAUGUGCUCGGUGCUUUGCACAGGUCGGAAGCUGCUGGCUCAUUCACGGAAUUGCAAACUCUGGCUGUUUUAUGUUCAGGCUCAUCAUACACACCAGUAUCCACGCCCCUUGCUGGAGCUACAAGGCCACACACGGAACCACAUGUGCUUGGUGGUUUAUGCAAGCCUGCUUCGACACAUGCUGAAGUUGCCAGCUUCACAGAGUUGCAACCUCUUGAUUCAUCGUACAGGCCGGUAUCCACAUAUUCAACUGGAGCUACAAGGUCACAAGCAGAUCCACAAGUGCUUGGUGCUACAGACGUGCUCGACUUUGACAAAAAGCUUGAGACAGACAGACAAGCUCUACAUCAGAUGGCACAUUGACUAAUGACAUCAGACACCCAGAUGCCAUCCUAAAGGAUCUCGAGAGGGCUGCCAUGACGUGGUUCCGCCAUGCUGCCGAGCGACUUGCUGCUCAACAAAUAUAAUUUUUUAAAUUUUGCUGUCAAAUAUGAUCAUGCUGAAGUCAGCUUGUUGUAGAUUAUCUGCAUGGCCUGUAUGAACAUAUUUUUUUUCACUAGUGUUUCAUCCUUUUUUGCUUUGUUUUGAAUGUUACCAUUUGCCACAUUCAAAGCCAUCAUUUUCUUAAUGUGUUGUUUCCUGUGCCUAGCUGAAAUUUUUUUUUUCCUGAAACUUAAUUUCUUUACUGGUGCACACAGCUUGCACUGCCUGCUUAACUCUCUUCUAGCAGUGUAGGAUUAAGAGUUAAGAGAGCAGAACUAAGAAUAAUUAAAUGCAUCAUUGGCGUAACUGGGAACACUGUUGUACAAUGUUUAAAAAGUGCACAGCAAUCUACACAAAAACACCUGACCAAGUAAAUACAACUUUGAAUUUUGCACUAUUAGAUGAGAGUUAAGCAGGCUGUGCACACCAGUAAAGAAAUUAGGUUCCAGGAAAUCAAAGUUUCUCUUGGGCACAGGAAACAACAGAGCAAAAGAUUAUUUUAAACUUUGUAUUAAUAGGUCCUGUGAGGAGAAUGUGACUUAAUUACAUAUGUGUUCAUCUUAUAAUGGGAAGCGGGCAAUAAAAAUUAACAUUUUCAAAGUUCAA